UUCGCUGAGGAAAUCAUGCAGUUUGCAAUUUGGCUGGUUGGACUAAUGUGUCAUCUGUCAGCACUUGUCCGGAGCUCACUGGAAUACCGAUUACAUCCGAAGCAAGAAAGUUUCAUCAAACAAUUGUCAUCUUAUGAAAUCAUCACCCCGCUCCGAAUAAAUGAUUACGGAGAAUUAUUUCCACACAAGAUGCACUACAAACGAAAACGGAGAAGUUUAAAUGUUGAUAUCUCUGGUUUACGGGCUCACUACAGAGUUGACGCUUUCGGACAACGCUUUCAUCUCAAUUUGACUGCCGACUCCGGCUUUAUCGCUCCCUCCUACACGGUGACACAUAUGGGAGCGGAGAACAGCAAUGCAACGGGCUCCCAUCAAGAUCUUAGCGAUAUGCGGCACUGCUUUUUCCGCGGACACGUCAACGCUCAGACUGAAUUCGCCGCAGUCUUCAGUUUGUGCACUGGCCUUAUUGGGACGUUUACCACGCACAACGGUGAAUACUUCUUGGAGCCUCUGUUGAACGUGGAGGGGGAGGAGUAUGAUGAGGAACACAACAAGCCCCACUUGGUGUACAGACACCAGAGGACAAGCAGAAGCACCCCAAGCCAGCCCACAGAGCACUGCGCAGCCUCAGAUCACUUGAAGACACCAGUCGCCUUCCACAGUGACGGGACAUUGGAAGAACAGCUGGACUCCCUGAGAAAGACCGUGGACCCCCACCAAACUGACCCACACACCCCUUCCAACUCCUCCUCAACCACCCAGUCUGGAGCCCACUCCAGGAGGAAGCGCUUCCUGUCUUAUCCUCGCUAUGUGGAACUGAUGGUGACGGCAGAUGCCAAGAUGGUGCGACACCACGGGCGCAACCUGGAACACUACAUCCUAACUAUCAUGUCAGUAGUUGCUGCAGUUUACAGGGACCCAAGCGUGGGGAAUCUCAUCAACGUCAUGAUUGUCAAGCUAGUCAUCAUCCACAAUGAACAGGAGGGGCCGAAUGUGAACUUCAAUGCUGCUACCACCCUCCAUAACUUCUGUGUGUGGCAACAGAUCCAGAACGUUCAGGACGACAGUCACCCCUCGCACCACGACACUGCACUACUCAUAACAAGGGAAGACAUCUGCCGAGCGAAAGACAAGUGUGAUACGUUGGGGCUGGCUGAGCUGGGUACCAUGUGUGACCCCUACCGGAGCUGUUCCAUCAGCGAGGAGAACGGACUCAGCGCCUCCUUCACCAUUGCUCACGAGCUAGGCCAUGUGUUCAACAUGCCCCACGACGACAACCCCAAGUGCCGGGAGGCGGGCAUCAAGCACCAGUAUCACGUCAUGGCGCCCACGCUGAACUACGAUGCCAGCCCCUGGUCCUGGUCCAAGUGCAGCCGCAAGUACAUCACCGAGUUUCUGGACACUGGCUACGGAGAGUGCCUAUUGGACGAGCCUGUGAGCCGGACCUAUGAGUUGCCCGUCCACUUCCCUGGUCAGAUCUACAAUGCCAACCGACAGUGUGAGCUGAUGUUUGGAUCUGGUUCUCAAGUCUGCCCUUACAUGAAACAGUGCAAGAGGCUGUGGUGCACGAGUUCGGAGGGGGAACACAAAGGGUGUCGCACUCAGCAUAUGCCCCUGGCUGAUGGGACUGACUGUGGACAUGGAAUGUACUGCAGACAUGGGAUGUGUGUGAACAAGGAGCUGGACCUGCGUCCGGUCCACGGGGAGUGGGGCACCUGGGGGCUCUACAGUGUGUGCUCCAGAACCUGCGGAGGAGGCACCAGGAGCACCUUCCGGGAAUGCAACAAGCCUGUGCCCAGAAAUGGAGGCAAGUUCUGUGUGGGGCGCAGGAUGAAGUUCAAGUCGUGCAACACUGAGCCCUGUCCCCGGGGGCAGAGAGACUUCCGGGAGGAGCAGUGCUCUCAGUUUGACGGCAAGCACUUCAACAUCAACGGUCUACCUCCCACCGUUCGCUGGGUGCCAAAGUACAGCGGGAUUCUGAUGAAGGAUCGCUGUAAGCUCUUCUGUCGGGUUGCCGGGACGAUGGCGUACAAUCAGUUGAAGGACAGAGUCAUCGACGGCACCCCCUGCAGCCCGGACACUUAUGACAUCUGCGUCGAAGGCCUCUGCAGGCAAGCAGGCUGUGAUCACGUCCUGAACUCCAAGGCGAGGCACGACAAGUGUGGGGUGUGUGGAGGGGACAAUUCCUCUUGCAAGACCCAAGCUGGGACCUUCAACGAUGCUGAGUAUGGUUACAACACUGUGGUUCGGAUCCCAGCGGGAGCCACCAACAUUGAUAUCAAACAGGUCAGCUACUCUGGGAAGCCAGAGGAUGACAACUACCUCGCUCUAUCUGACAGCCAGUCCAACUUCCUGCUGAAUGGGAACUUUGUGGUGGCCAUGUUCAAAAGGGAAAUCACCUUCAAGGGAACCGUGAUUGAGUACAGUGGCUCAGACACCACAGAGGAGCGUAUCAACUGUACUGAACGCAUUGAGGAGGAGCUCAUUCUACAGGUUCUGUGUGUGGGGAACCUCUACAACCCUGACGUACGCUACUCCUUCAACAUCCCCAUCUUGGAGCACCAUGAGCAGUUUGUGUGGGAGCCUUCAGGUGCCUGGCUGGAUUGCAGCCGCACCUGUCAGGGUGAGCGGAGGCGCAAGGCAAUGUGUGUGCGUAAGAGCGACCACCUGGAGGUGUCGGACCAGCGCUGUGAACAUCUACCCCGUCCUAGUGCUGCGCCUGAGCCAUGUAACACGGACUGCGAACUCAGGUGGCACGUAGCAGGGAAGAGUGAGUGUUCGGCUAAGUGUGGUCCUGGCUCCCGGACCAUGGACGUGCAGUGCAUGCAGUACAGCCUGUCCAAGAGGCAGAGUGAGAGAAUGGAAGCCAGGGCCUGUGGGGACCUUGCCAAACCCCAGACAAGGGAGGCAUGCCACGGGGACUGUCUGCUCAAGAGCUGGCAGUACAGUGCAUGGUCCCAGUGCUCUAAGACGUGUGGCCGGGGGACUCGGAGCAGGGACUCCUACUGCAUGAACAACCUGGGCAGGCGUCUGGUGGACAGGGACUGUAGUGAGCACCAGAGGGUCGUCACUGAGAGCUGCAAUGGCCAGGCCUGUCCCGAGUGGUCCGCCAGCGAGUGGAGUGAGUGCAUGGUGACGUGUGGGAAGGGCACGAGACACAGGCAGGUGGCGUGUAGCCUGGCGGUAGGCGAGGAGAAGUUCGGUGAGCACUUCUGCGACCCCUCCACCAAGCCCCCAACCGUGGGGGGCUGCCAGCUGCCAGAGUGCGCCUCAUGGCAGGUCGGCGUGUGGGGAGCGUGUGCAGUGACCUGUGGCCAUGGCUACCAGAUGCGGGCAGUGAGGUGUGUGUCCGGAGCGUACAGCGUCACCGUGGACGACCGGGAGUGUAACGCAGCGGCCCGACCCAGGGACAGCCAGGACUGUGAGACGCCUGCGUGCCCCUGGGCCUCCCGUCCUCACAGCACCGUGCGCCCCGACGCCUCGGGACGCCUCACCCAGUGGAGGUACGGCUCGUGGACCACGUGCUCGGUGAGUUGUGGGAAGGGGAAGCGAGCUCGCUACGUCAGCUGCAGAGACGCUCAGGGAGUCGUGGCCGACAAGUCUUCCUGUGACCAUCUUCCCCGGCCCCCAGAAUCCUCAGCGUGCUUCAGUCCCUGUGGCCAGUGGCGCUCCUCAGAGUGGUCUACAUGUUCGGUGUCCUGCGGCGUUGGGAGCGCCACCAGACAGGUGAUGUGCAGUAACUACCACCGCCAGGUGGAGGAGAUGUUCUGUGACCAGGACGACAAGCCCGCCACGGAGCAGGAGUGUACCGCCGCCCCCUGCCCCUCCAUCUACCACCAGAGACCCAACGACCAGCCCUAUGGCUACCCCCACGACCCUGGACACCACCCUGGCCACAGCAGCUGGAACGUCCCGUCCGCAGACAACCAGUGGAGGACGGGACCCUGGGGAGCAUGCUCCAGUACCUGUGCUGGAGGCUUCCAGAGGCGGGUGGUUGUGUGUCAGGACGCGGAGGGACGCAGCAACAGUUACUGUGACGAGAGGGUCAAACCGCCUGAGUCCAAGAGCUGUGACUCAGGACCCUGCCCUCUGUGGAACUAUGGCAUCUGGGGAGAGUGCACCCAGACAUGUGGAGGAGGGCGGCGGACUCGGCUGGUCCUGUGCCAGCGACCAAAUGGCCAGAGACUCAUCGACCACAGCUGUGACGUCCUGGACAAGCCCCCAGACAUGGCGCAGUGCAACCAGCAACCCUGCCCUGGCAGCGUCUCCUGGCAACGCCGCCCAUGGAAGCCGUGUUCUGUGAGCUGUGGCCAGGGAACCAAGCAGCGGGAGAUAGCCUGUCUCUACCAGAACCAAACCCAAAUAGAGGACGAGCACUGCGGUCAUCUGUCGCGCCCCCGGACACAGAAAGCCUGCCGGGCCCGGAGAUGCCCCAGCUGGAAGGCCAACAGGUGGAGCGAGUGCUCUGUCACCUGUGGAGUGGGCACCCAGAACAGAGAUGUGUAUUGCAGGCUGAAGCGUGCAGGCCGGGUCAGUGAGGAGCUGUGUGACCCUUUCUCUCGUCCGGCCAGCACCCAGACGUGCCAGUUGGCUCACUGCGUCUCUUACACCUGGGUGGCUGGCGAGUGGCAAGAUUGCAACGCCACCUGUGGCGAUGGCGUGAGGAGCAGGGAGGUGGUGUGUUCGGGGGCGUUGGGGAGCCAGGUCCAGAACAGCCUGUGUGUGGCUUCUUCUCAGCCCACCCUGCUCCAGGCCUGCAGCACAGACCCGUGUCAAUACAUUUGGAGGACGGGGGAGUGGUCCCAGUGCUCUGCUAGCUGUGGUGUGGGCUACCAGCAGCGCAUGGUGUCCUGCUCCGCGACGCUCUCCCCCCACGCUGGGAUCCCCUCCUAUGAUAAUCAGCCCUUGGCCAGCGCUCACUGCCCCGAGCCCCACCCCCCAGGCACCAGACAGUGUCUCCUCCGGGACUGCCCACACGACGCCUACUGGAAGGUUGGACAGUGGAGCAAGUGUUCCCAGACGUGUGGUGCGGGGGCGAUGGAGCGCAGGGUGGAGUGUCUGACCUCCAAAGGCCAACCGUCCAAACACUGCCGUCCAGCUGAGAGGCCCGAGACACAGGCCUCCUGCCGAGAACGAGAGUGCCAGUUGUUCGCGUCGUGCCAUGAUGUGCAGGUGAAACUGGGGGUCAGGAUGGAUGGAGAGUACUAUCUCAAAGUCAGGUCCAGGAUCCUGCAGAUUUACUGUGCUGAGAUGCAGACUGAUUUCCCUAAGGAGUACGUGACCCUGCGCAGCGGUCAGACAGACAACUACUCAGAAGUCUACGGUCACAGGUUGCUGAAUCCUUUCGAAUGCCCGUUCAAUGGUAGUAGGAGGCCGGACUGCCACUGUAGGAACGACUACUCUGCAGCAGGAUACACCCUCUUCCACAAAGUCCGUCUGGACAUCUCUACUCUGAGGAUCACGAUCACAGACCUUCAGUUCUCCCAGACUCUGCUGGGGCGGCCUGUGCCCUUUGCGACGGCAGGAGACUGCUACAGUGCAGCCAAGUGUCCUCAGGGCCAGUUCAGUAUCAACCUCAUAGGAACGGGUCUGAAGGUGGCCGAGUCGACUAAAUGGACGUCCCAAGGCAACUAUGUAUCAGUCAAAGUCCACAGAUCAGAGGAUGGUGCUAGAAUCUACGGACGCUGUGGUGGAUUCUGUGGGAAGUGCAUUCCCCAUUCUCACAAUGGACUUCUGGUCCGUGUCCUGUGAGGGCCGAACACCAACAUCAAGGCCACAGUACUAACAACAACAUCGAGUCCACACAGCAGUACUUCUCAAGCAUCCCGUGUCCUUCAUCUGUGAAUGUACUGUAGCCCUCUCAUCGUCCUAUCACAGCUGUCCUUGUACUCUUGGCAGCUAUAACAAAGGAACAGCUAGAAGAUGCCGUGCGCUGUGGGCAGACCUGCUAUCUCUGAAGACGAGCCAACUCCAUUUUGUCCAUCCUCGAUGAUGUUUGUAAUGGUUACCAAACACAUCCAUGCAUCAGGAUUAUGAAAAACAGACUGUUUCAGAUCCUGUCAAGUAUUUUAGCCAAGUUCAGUUUUACACAAAGGGACACAAUAUUAAUGGUAUUAGACUAGGAAAUCAACUGCACAUUAAACUGUUCAAUGCCUUGGAGACAGACACUGUUCAAGCAAAGUUCUAUAAUAGUUAUCUGUGAAAUGACAAACACCAUUGCAUUACAUACAGGCAAGCCUGUUCUAAACCUGAAUGAGAUAUGUCUCAGUGAUUGAGAACAUUUAACUAGUUUAGUCGGGGUUGAGACUCCUCUUGAAUAAGCUGCAGAUCACAUGAUUGUGCCAGACAUGGGUUCUAAACUCGAGAUAUUAGGGAAAGAGAUAGUUAGCAGACUUUGUUAGCGUGUAUGUGCUGUCCGUGUGCAUGUUCCUACGUAUGUCCUUCCCGACCUGCCUUAUCUUAAAGGUCAACGUAGAAGUCAACAUCCCUGAGCCCUCUGUUUCCUAACACUACUGAAAACUCUUUACACCCCAAUGACUACUGACUGACAUCAUGCUGCUACACUGAUCUCUCAGCAGCAUGUCAAGAGAAGCCCCAUUCUACACCAAUAGUGGUUCUGAUCUGCCCGAGGGCAAGCAAUCGUGUUAUAUUGUUUGUUUUUUAAAUCACAGUUGUUGCCACCCAUCCGUGAUUUUUUUUUUUUUUUUAAGUAACAAGGUCAACUCAUUUUCUUAUGUCUGUUAAACUGUAGUCUGGUCUCAGGUGGAAUCUCAACCCUCCUCUAGAUUGGUGAGGUCCCUGUAUAUCUCUCGAAGCACCCAUAAUCCUGUGAUUUCAGAAUAUUGUAAAAUAUUUGUUAAUUACCGUAUUUAUUCCAUAAUGAUAUGUAGAUAUGUUCAAUGUUAAGCGACGACGACUACUACCAAUGGAGAAGCCACUGUUUGACUAUUUGUUGCUGUGAAAGGUACGUGUUUAUAGCAUGUGUAACCACUAAUCUGUAUGAGGAUCUUGGAAUGGUGCUUUUGAAUGACUGGAAUUACCUCUGAUCUUUAGAAGGAAAACACUGGCCUAGGAUCAAUAUAUGACGAUGUAUUCAACCUAGAUACUGGCAUAGGCUCUGAACCUGGGGGCAGCAGCCUUGAGACUUUGUUUACCCGAAGAGGUUUGACAUGCAAGCUAAGUAUACUGUAAAUGAACCUUGCAUGCUGCCCAAAAGGCCACCCUGAAGGAGUUUUAUUUCUAAAUGGACCUUAUUAUGACCACUAACUAUAACAGCAGACCUGGCAACCCUGACAUUCUAUCACUCUGAUGUUAAGCUUUAACCAAAGUUUCUUAGAUGCAGAUUAGAUUUUUUUUAUAUAUAUAUAUCAGACAAUGCAGCUACCGGUACUUUUAAUUUAAGAAAUGAAUGAAAACCCCUUAAAAAUAAAUAAAUGAGCAGCUAGAAAACGUUUGGCUAUCAUUCUUGUUUGAUAGGCAAUUGUACUAUGAGGUCUGUAUCAGAAAUUUUACUUGAUGCACUAUGUGCUACAUAGAAAAAAGUACGCCUGUUUUCGAUUUAUUUUUUAAAAUAACAGUUAUGAUUUGUAACUUAUGUGUAUUUGUUAAUAUUCAUACUUGAAGUGUAUACUGUGUGUUGAAUAUUAAAUGGGCAUUUAUAUUGAACAAAAAAAGGUGCUUGUUUUGCCAUGUAUUAUCCAAAGAUGUUAAGAAUAAUAUUUACCUUAUAUGUACAGUAUUUAGCCUGUGGAAAAUUGAAUGGUUCUUGAGUUCGUCACUAAAUGUACCAACAAUGUAAACAUUGCUACCAUUACUAACACUG